AUGUCGCAUUCAAUAAAGGGAAAACGCAAUGCACCUCAAGAUGUCGAAAUGAGCUCAACACAGCCAGCAUCGAUUAAAAAACGCCAACGCUCUUCCAAAGCAAGUAGAGAUGUUGACGAACCAUUGGCAAAAAUAUCAACAGUUUCCCAGAAGAUAUUCCCAUCUGAAUCUUGCGAACCAAUAAACUUUGAAGUUCCAAUGGAUCGUCAUUGUUCAACCGAUUCAAACUUAUCUGAUGAGUUGAAGUCAAGCCAAUCGACAAUAUCGGAUAGUCAGAACGUUGGAUCUCUUUCGCUGGGAUCACCACAAUCGGAACGAAUUCCUUCCGACUUUUCAUCGGAAGAGUCUUCGAAAAUCAAAUUCAACAUACCGAAGAAAGUUCGAGAGGAUGAUUUGAUACCCCAGAUAUUUGAACAACAAGGAGUCAUAAAGUUUCCGGAUUUAGAAGGAUGCGAUUUGGAAGUUCUCGGAAAUAAACUCGUCUGUGCAGCAACAUGUGGGCCAGUGUUCCAUCACGAAUAUUUGGACAAUUGGGUGAACUGGGCCAUUUCCAGCAAAGUUCCAUGGAUUACGUUCUUAAAAUGUCUUACGUCAUUUGAAAACUUUCGAAAGCCUAUCGCUGCUGUCAAACUCGCUAACUACUUUCGGAAAGCUUCAACAUUGAUUGUGCCGCCAAACUGUUCUGAUGUGGAUGCAAUGUAUAAACUGAUUGAUAUGAUUAUUGAUGCCAAAAAGUAUCUUUUGCAUCUCGCAAAGGGUGUUGCAAUGAAUAUCACGAAAGCUGUCAUAGAGUUUAAUCCAACGGAAGAAUUCCCAGAUCCGGUAUUGUCUAUUCUUGAAGUAUUUGAUGUGAUGAUUCACGAUAAAUUUUGCGGUAUGAUGAUUAAUAUUACAAAUCGGACAGAUGUCAAGGAAGCUCUUGUGAAAUAUGAAGCUGAGAUGAUAACUAUGAGCACUGUCAGCGAGGAAGCAAAGAAACUUUUGACCAAACUAAACAACGAAUACGACAACAUUUUCAAACGAGAAAAGUUUGUUUAUCGCGAUGCGGCGAGAGAUAUCUACGAAGUUCGACGACCUGGUGCGAAAACUCUCGCCACGAUUUUCAGCUUUUUCAGAAUUUUGACACCGGUACACCAGUGCGCCGAUUACUUCAACAUGAUCACGUCGGUUAUGAAAAUCCCUCAUGAUGUGGCAAUUUCGGAAAAAGACGUGCUCGAAAACAUUCGAAGCAUCAUAAAUAAAAAUGAAUCGCAUUCCGCUGAUAUUUUCGUGUACAAAUUGGCUGCUGAACAAAAAUUGCUCGAAGUUUCUCAUGCGGUUGCAAUGAAAAAUUUGGAAUUAAUGCGGAAUGUCGAGGGAAAAUCAUUGGCUCAAAGACUUGCCGACUUCAAUCUAUCAUUCAUGUUUUUAUCGAGACUUACUAUAUCACUUCCAGUUGUGCCAUUGAAGCAUUUUGUGAACGGAGAACAUAAAAAGACAGACGCCGAAAACUCACUUUUUUACAUUUGGGCCGAUAAAUAUCUUAGGCGUGUCAAGCCCGAGGUUCAUUUCGAAAUAUGUGAAGAACCCGAGAAUCCAGGGCGAGAUAUUAAUAAUGUCAUAAAGCUCGAACAAAUGAAAUUUCGGAAUAAUCAGAGGAAGAGAGAAGCGGCGAAGGUUCCCGAAUAUGAUGGUCUCGAAGAGCUGGCAAAAUUGGAAGAAUUAGAUAUGCCGUUCGACGAUAAUAAUCUUCCAAAUACCAGCAACAACAUGCCCGGCAGCAAAAAAUCAAAGGAAAUGUUUCCGACAUUUAACAAUCCAUUCCCUCAUCAGUCGAAGCAUGAAGCGGAAGCUUACCACCGAAAUCGAGGGCAAUAUAUCUCAACUCUCGGCCAAAAGGUGUCUGGUACAGACGAAUCGGCAAUAAAUAUUCAACCAGUAGAAGGUCAGAUGAAUAUGAUAACGCAAUCAGGUCCCGAAUGCGUUUAUCAUACGUUUGAUCCAAGAAGGAUCACACGAAUGAAAAAGAAUUCGGUUAAUCAAGCGAAACGUGAUGACGAAGAAGAACAUGAUGAUGCCGGCAUAUUGUAUUUAGAACUUUUGAAAGAUGGCCUACCGUACUUUAAGAUAAACGAUGAAAACAUUAAUUUGGCGAUAGUCAUCGAUGCGAUUCCUGGAAUAGCCCGAGAAGUUGAGAGAAGAAUGGGCAAUAUUCAAGAUGAAGAAGAAAGGAACAAAGAAAUGAUCACGAUUAUUGGGCAGUUGCGCUCAUUGCCAUUUCUCAUUAUUUGUAUGGCACAGUGCAUUGAUAUGCGGAAGAUAGGACCAUCGCGUCGGAAUUUCGCGAAAAGUUUUAUCGCCGCGCUGGAACAUUACUCUAAUGGAGAUAAAGAGUUUGUCGAAUCAUUUAUUAGUAUACAUUAUUAUGUGAUUAAGGUUCCAAAUAUUGCUGACCUUAAAAUUGCUUGGUUCAAUAUUCAACAUCAUGGAUUUGCCGAAGAUUAUUCGACGAAUCUCUUCGAGCAUAUGAAUCGCGGCAAUAGGCACAAAGAUUGGCCAACGAUUUGCCUUCAGAAAACUGCACGUAUUCAUUGCCCCGAACUAAUGGCAAAAUUUGUCGACCAGAUUGCAACUCUCACUUUUUUGGACUUCAAUCCGACUCUCAUCAAAAUGCUUGAGAAUCUCAUCGAGUAUUGGUUCAGCAGAAGCAGUGAAUUACUUACUGGAAGUUCUUUGAUCGACCCGACCGGCCUUUUUCCGGUUUUACAGCUUAUAGUAUACUUAUUAAUGUUUGCUUCCUGGUCGUUCACGCGAGAAUGGCAAAUGAUGGAUGACGACCAGCGUUCGAGAUACCGGGAGCUCGAUAGAAUCCGUCUUCCUGAAAUUGAUGAUCCAGACAUUCACAUGAAAUACGCGUAUUUGCUCGAUAAUGUCGUCUCCGUUACAUUCAAUCGUUUCAUCGAGUUUCUCAAAGAAGGUACUCAAAACACAUUACUUUGCGCAAUUUAUCAGAUUAUGAACUUCAUUUCUGGAGCGCCUGAAUCGGAAGCAAAAAUGUAUCUGAUCAGAAAAGUGCCGCGUGUUUUGAUAAAGCUGAUGGUGGAGCUCAAUGGACGCUUCGAAGAUUUCACAAUUUUAGAGGGAUUCUGCCCCGGAUUUGAUGAAGAUGACAGACUCAUUUACCUCAGUAUUAUGAGGAACCGUGGACGCAUUUAA